GUUUUUCAAUGGCACAAAUAAUAGAAGUUAUGUAAACGUGUAUGCAUCGCUGCGUCACGUGCAUAGAGCUUGCUUGCGAUUUUCAUCAGCGACAAGAAAACAGUUUUCUAUAGAUAAUUGUUCCGUUACAACGGUUGACAUAAUUUUACACAGCUGUAGGCAUGUCGCCGAUGGCUAGUAUCGACACCUAUAUGGCAUCUGUCAUGACCUUGUAGUCCCACUGAAGUGGGAAAGCCAACUUUCUAUGCUGGACAUAAUAGGUGAUCUUAAAUCUCCGGAUUUCCGCUUUCCUUCAGGGCACCAACAGUCACCAGGGCCAAUCAUGGGGUACAUCGAAGGGCCCAACCUAUAAACACAGGCCUGGUUGUUGCAUGCUGGCUGCUGAUGCCCCAUAGCCCAUUCAAGAGGAAAGCCUUGACGAUACGCGACCGCAAGUAAAUAGUAGGCGACUACGCUGCUGUCUGUGCAAACCUGCCUUCCUACUUAAGAUGCGCCUUCCGCCGGCAACGCUAGACAGAUUUGCUGCGCUGACUGUCGAGAGAUGCAAGAAGAUCGCGUGCGCAGCGGGCACCUCCCUUGGCAGGGCGUUCAUCAACACCAAGCUGAGCCUGGCACAUAUUGAGUGCUUUGCCAAGGAGCUUGAUAAGACCGACAAGGCCGCCUACGAGUUUGAAGGACUUGCCGCUGCCUUCCUCCUCAAUCCCGACUUCUUAAAGGCGCUAUUGAUCCUAUUCACCACAGCUCUCAACCGCAUGUGCGUGGAGCAUCCUGACAGUGACAUAAGCAGGAGUUACGGCCGGCUCGCCUGUAAGUCAGCGCGCGUGGCCAGGGCUUUGCUGGACAUGUCCUCCGCUCAUCCAAUGCCCCGAGCGGCUGCUUUCGCGUUUGCAGACAAGCUUCUUACAACGCAGCUGCUGACCCGCUGCACGCACUGCCUUGCUCAUGCUGGGAAGCAGUUGCAAUCACACUCCGGGGCGGCCACCAAGACAAGGGAGACCGGGGCUGAAGCGGAGCCGACAGCGUCGACAUGGCCAACUGGUUUCCAAGCGGCGCUGGACAUGGUUACAGCCGUAGGCGACAUCCUGGAGGCCCUGACGGCUGCGGCAUUCGAUGCUCUGGCAGAUAGUUCCCGGGAACAGCAGCACAUAAACGGCUUUGUCAGGCGGUUUGCGGUGGCACUCCAUGACAGCAAGCUGCUAGAGCAUGCCGCCAAGCUGGAGCUGCAGACAUGUGAGGUUGACGAUGACAUGAGCAUGGAGGGCAUUCAGGCUGACCAGAUCUCGACCACAAUGUGUACCACCGUCCGGGGAGCCAUUGCGUUACUCGAGGACUGCAAGCGUUACAACGAGACCGCCGCAGUCGCCGCGCUGGAAGACGCCCUUUGCGGCCGGUGCACACACUACUUCAUGCUGGUGAAGGGGCUGGCAGCAUUGUGCAAGGCAGACGGCGGCUCAUCGUACGGCACGCCAACCAACCUGAUGCGGGUAACCAACUACCAGGAUGAUGAAGAUGGCAAGCUGCGACUGGACAAGGACGUCUUCCUGGGCCUCCUCACUGCGCUGGAGCUGUCGACCCGGGGCAAGGCGGCGCCACCCCCCGGCUGGGAUGCGGCGUGCGGGGUGGCGGCGCGUGUGUGGAGGCUUGUCCUGGAGUCGGCGCGGGUUUGGGCGAGUAAAGCGAAGCAGGCCCAUGGAGGAGUGUCGGCGAGCGAGUGCUAUGAGGAGGUGGAGAUGGUGCUGAUGCGCAAUGACGUCGGCACUGUGGCCAUGUAUGCCCUGGAAAUCAUGGCUUGUGUCCUGUCCGCUAAGCCCUCCAAGUCCAAGUGGAUGCGGUGGGCCGAGACGUUCUGGGCAUUGGCUGCCGCAAGCAUGCCCAACGCUUUGCGGUGGGCCAGCAAGUUGGACCGGGAUUGGGUGUGCAGGCGCCUGCUGUUGGAGCUUCGGAGUCCGGCGGCCUUCCUGACAUGCGUCACAGGCCCCCUCCCUUCCACUCCGCCACCCAUGCUCGCGGCGGCGCUGGCAGGUGGCAUGUUGCCCUGCCUGGAGCGCCUGCUGAGGCGAGCAGGGGAGGCAACUAAGUGUCCUGAGGCUGACUUCCUAAUCGGCUUGCUAGCAGAGGACAAGGGGGACCCUUCCUUAUUCCUUUCCCUGUUGGCCUACGGCGAGCCGCGGCAGGUGGCCGCUCUGGUGGCCAGCAUGGCCAAGGUGCUGCGGAGGCUGGCAGGGACGUCCGACGGGGUCGCGCUUGACGCGGCUUCACUAGACAAUCCGUUCACGUUUGCCCUCAUACGCACUACGUCCAACGCGAUUGCAAGGCUGGAAGUUGCGGCCGCUCAGAAACCUCCGCAGCGGGAGCAGCUGCAGCGGGAGGGUGCCACGCUGGACCAAGAGCAAAGGCAGGCGGCUACCGGGGAGGAGGAGCCUCAGGCGCCGCAGCUGCUGGCGGGCCCCAGUCCCCAGCAGCAGCCGGCGGCCCCCAGUCCCCAGCAGCAGCUGGCGGGCCCCAGUCCCCAGCAGCAGCCGGCGGGCCCCAGUCCCCAGCAGCAGCCGGCGGGCCCCAGUCCCCAGCAGCAGCCGGCGGGCCCCAGUCCCCAGCAGCAGCUGGCGGCGCUGCUGCCAAGUCUGGCCUGUGGCUGGCUGCCGCCGCUGGCCAGCAUAGCUAGAUCGUUGCUGGAGGACCUCGCCGACCAGCCGCCAGCCUUAAGUUUGCGGCUUGACGAUGACAUGAGGCUAAAGCUCGUACGAGUGAUGGGGGCGGUGGAAAACUGGCUGCGGAUCCUACGCUUCGCACCGGCACCCUUAUGCGCAGCCUUGGAGGACCCAGCGACGGCGGAGGUAACUGCCAUGGACACGACAAGCGACGCGGUGUCCUCCCCCGGCCUCAGCUGGGUGCGGCAACUGCUGUUGCGGGAGGUUCAUAUGGUGGAGCUGGUGGGGGCGGGACUGCGGACCACACCGCACCUGGUGGGCGUAGGCGGCAUUUUCCCUGCAACAUUCAUAGCUCGAACUUGCUGCGAAGUGGCGUCGGCCUUUCCGCAGGAGGUACGGCGCGCGGCAGCGGCGGCGAGGGCGG